UUUUUUCGGCACCCAUUAAUCCCUGCCGUUUUCGAGACCUACGCAAAGAUAAAAGGUUGGUCUCAUCAUUUGGGCGAGGGUCCUGAACCUUAAAAUUGUUAAGAGGCCUACCUUCAACUUCGAAAUCCAAAGAGACAAAUUUCGGACAAAAUAAAUACAAACCCAAAGACUUUGAAAAAAAUUUUUUUCGGUUCGUGCUCAGUUUCCGUUAUAAAUUUUUAAAUUAUAAAUAAAUUUUUUUCAAAGUUGAAGCAUCCAAAACAUCAUCAAUUUAUUUGUUGGUGUGUCCUCAACACUAAAAAUCAAACUUUAAUUUUUAUUUCUGUUAUUGGACAAAUUUAUUUAAUUUCUUUUUCCUCCGAAGAAUUGAGGGUUGAAUGUGUUCUACAAAAAAUUAAAAAUAAUACAAAUUGUACAGCAUUAGCCAUUACAACUAAAAAUUUUGAAGAAAAUCCAAAAAUAGCAGCAGGAUUAAAUAAUGGAGAGAUUCGGGUAUGUUUUUUGUCGAGUUACCAAAACGACAUUUGCGGAUAAACAUUUGCGGACUGACCGCGAAUGGAUCAUUAACUCAGUAAAAGUUCUGUCCGCAGGCUCACUCAGUCCGCAACCUCGGUCCAGUCAUGUGCGAAAAUGUCGUAUCCGCAAAUGUCGUUUCUCUGUCGUGUCCGCAAAUGUCUCUCCUCUUUUUAGAUAUUUUCUUUAAUCCCGUCAAAUGACCAAAUACCAAAAUGGUCAAAACAAUUGAAUAUUUGUUUAAACAAUAUUCACAGUAAUUCAAUACAGUGCCUUAAAUGGAUAGUAAUUAAUGAAGAAAAGGAAGGGGAUAAUUUUUUAGUAUUUUUAUGUUCUGGAAGUUUGGAUGAAAAAAUUGCUUUUUUACAAUUAU